AUGGAUAUCAAGGUUGCGAAAAAGAAAGAUGACCCUGAAGCAUUCACCAGCCCUUGCACAAUUAGGACGCAUGAAUUUGCAAGAGCUCUAUAUGACCUUGGUGCGAGUAUCAACUUAAUUCCUUUUGUCAUGUACAAUAAUAUUAGAUUGAAUACCCCUACAUGGACCUCUAUGUUACUUCUCAUGGAGGACCGUUCCAUCAAAAGCCGGUGGGAACUUUGUUUUAUGUCCUUGUCAAGGUGGACAAGUUUAUUCUCUCAGUGGACUUUGUGGUAUUGGAUUCUGAAAUGGAGAAAAAAGGUACCUAUCAUCCUUAGACAUCCUUUCUUGGUCAUCGGGAGAGCUAUUGUUGAUCUAGAGAUGAAGGAGAUGAAUUUUAGCGUGCAAGAGGAUGAAGUCUCUUUUAAAAUUUACAAGUCAAAGAAACAAACUGCUGAACUUCAACUAGUAUCCAUGGUAGAUGUUGAAGAUGAAAAGAUAAAUGAGGAGGGGUUUGAAGACCCACCUUGA